AAGGGCGUCGCACUCAAGAAGACAAGUACAUCAAGAGUGUCGGAGGAAAGACCAAAUCUUUGAUUGUUUUAGAGCAGAAUGAAAUAUCACAAGAGAAAUUGAUCAUCAAAAAGUUUCAGCUUCCUUCUCCCUUUUUCCACCAACUCAUCAGUCUUGUCUGGGAGUGUUGCAGACAUGCAUGUGGACACUGUGGUUUGCGUUUUUCAUCUGAUUUUUGCAAAUUUGUGGAGGAGAGUCUUGACCCAACCUCCUGAACCAUCCAUCCCUGAUCGUGUCGUCGCUCUGCUGGGCACAUGCGUGGUCAUUCCCUGCUCCUUCACCCCCUCUGACACCCAACAUAUCUGGGCAAGGGAUCAAAUCGACAUCCGUCUGAGCUACAGAGGCGGCAUGACCUUCUUACCCCUUCAAGGCAUGGCCUUCACCAGCGAGAGCGGGCAGCAAGUGAGCAGAGAAUUCCGAGGGCGAUCAGCUCUGGUUGGGGAAAUCUCCAAAGGAGACUGUUCUGUGAAGAUCGAUCGAGUAAACUGGAACGACAGGCGAGUCUUUGAUUUGGCUCUUAAGAAGCGGAGGAGCCUCGUGUGGGGUCGAGGAAAGUCAGUCAGUCUUGAGGUUGUAGGCAAUCCCGAACCACCCGUGAUCAGCGGCGUGUCAUCAGCCACAGAGGGACAACAGGUGACCAUAAACUGCUCCACCAGCUUCCCAUGUCCUUCAAAACCUCCCGUGCUUCGGUGGCACCUGGACAAAGGUCUUCAGCCAGUCAGCAGUGAGGAAGUUCAAACAGUCUACCCACAGGCUCACAGGCCAAUGUUGCUGGCAUCUCUCACCUUCACCGUUUCACACCACGUGAAACCCAUCCUGAGAUGUGAAGUCAGCUAUCCAGGCUCCAAAAAAGCCAGCGCUGUUAAAGAUCUGCACAUCACAUUUUCACCCAAAGAUGUGAGGGUGGAAGUGCAAACCUUGAUGGUGCUGGAAGGUGGGAGUGCUUUGCUCGUCUGCACAUGCAAGGCAGACCCCCCAGCAUCAGGGUACCGCUGGUCUUACAGCCAACAUGGCCACACUAUGCACCCACACCACAGGGCACGCACCAUCCGAGUGUACAACGUGACCCGGGACAUGAUGGUGCGCUGCUCAGCUUACAACAUGAUUGGCCGAGGAGAGUCUCCACUCACAGCCUUGAAUGUGCAAUACAAGCCAACAAUCUCAACAACCUCAUCGUGUGUGGUUGAGGAGUUUGAUUUAAGGUGUCACUGUUCCGUUGACGCUAACCCCUCCGCCACUGUUACCUGGAGCAUUAACGGGACCGUCCCAACCCGGGAAUAUAACAUUUCAAUUAUGUCCGAGGAUGAGGUGAUAGUAUCUUCUCUCAGAGGUCGUAUGAACAAACCUCUGACGGUCAUCUGCUUUGCAUCCAACGCACAUGGGAACAACUCAUGGCUCCUGCUGCAGGGAGAGGUGAUAAGUGAAACAGAACUGAAUCUACUUCUGUGGUUGGUGGUUCCUGCUGUCGCAAUCUCCGCUGUUCUACUUAUAGUCCUGAUUUUGCUCUACUGCUGCAGAAAGAGGGGUUCGAAGAGGUCAGCGCAGUUCCCUAAGAUAUAUCAAGAUCACGCGCCUCUCUACAUCAACUGCGCUGAAGUAACACACGUUUAUACGAACGGCAGCUACCAACUAGUUUACCAGAACUGCACGCCUAUUUUUGUUCGGAAUAAACAGAUCCGACCAAUGGCGAGAAGAGGAGGUGCAAGACGACUUGGAGAGAAAAGAAGGGGGAAAGCUGUGAGACAGCAGGAAAAGAGAGACACCAGCGAGUUGCAAAGUUCAUCUGCUGCUGCGGAUGCUGAUGCAGAGACGGGGAUUUACCUGGAAGUCCUGUGAAACAAUGUAAUUUGUUGAAUUUCAAAAGACAAUUUGGCUGAAACUGAUUCAAGAACAAUAAUCAAACAUGCACAAAAGGCGAUGUAUAUCAUUCAAAUGCAUUAAUAAAAAUGGC